AUUGGUCCUCUAUAAAUGAAGGCGCUUUUCGAUGCCAAGCCCUCCAUCGUUGAAGAAAGCAAAAGCAAAGCGAAAUACUUGAAGCUCAUCAAAGUCUCAUCAAAGUUCUCUCUAACUCUCUCUCUCUCUCUCAAGAUGCAGAUCUUUGUGAAAACCCUCACCGGAAAGACCAUCACCCUCGAGGUUGAAAGCUCUGACACGAUCGACAAUGUCAAAGCCAAGAUCCAAGACAAGGAGGGUAUUCCCCCAGACCAGCAGAGGCUGAUCUUCGCUGGCAAGCAGCUUGAGGAUGGUCGCACCCUCGCUGACUACAACAUCCAGAAGGAGUCCACCCUCCAUCUGGUGCUCCGACUCCGCGGUGGAAUGCAAAUCUUUGUCAAGACUCUCACCGGAAAGACCAUCACUUUGGAGGUUGAGAGCUCCGACACGAUUGAUAACGUCAAGGCUAAGAUCCAAGACAAAGAGGGCAUUCCACCAGACCAGCAGAGGCUCAUCUUUGCUGGGAAGCAGCUUGAGGAUGGCCGCACCCUAGCUGAUUACAAUAUCCAAAAGGAGUCAACCCUUCACUUAGUGCUUCGUCUUCGUGGGGGUAUGCAAAUCUUUGUCAAGACACUAACUGGGAAGACGAUAACCUUGGAGGUUGAAAGCUCGGAUACCAUAGAUAAUGUAAAGGCAAAAAUUCAGGAUAAGGAAGGCAUUCCCCCUGAUCAGCAGAGGCUAAUCUUCGCUGGUAAGCAACUUGAGGAUGGCCGCACCCUUGCCGAUUAUAACAUCCAAAAGGAAUCAACUCUGCACCUGGUGCUUCGGUUGCGUGGUGGUAUGCAAAUCUUUGUGAAAACUUUGACUGGGAAGACGAUUACUUUGGAAGUGGAAAGCUCAGAUACUAUUGACAAUGUGAAGGCCAAAAUCCAGGACAAGGAGGGUAUCCCUCCAGACCAGCAGAGGUUGAUAUUUGCAGGCAAGCAGCUGGAGGAUGGAAGGACCCUUGCCGACUACAAUAUUCAAAAGGAGUCGACCCUGCACUUGGUGCUCCGUCUGCGUGGUGGGAUGCAGAUCUUUGUGAAGACUCUGACUGGGAAGACGAUAACUUUGGAGGUGGAGAGUUCUGAUACCAUUGAUAAUGUGAAAGCCAAGAUUCAAGACAAGGAGGGCAUUCCUCCGGACCAGCAGAGGCUCAUCUUUGCCGGUAAGCAGCUGGAGGACGGGAGGACUCUUGCAGAUUACAACAUUCAGAAGGAGUCUACCCUUCACCUUGUCCUUCGUCUCCGUGGCGGUUUCUGAAGUCUGAAUGAUGCUUGUGGUUCCAUCCUUGUCGGAGCAGUGAGAAGUGACUUUUAAAAAAAAUUCUGUAAUUUUAUAUUUGGUACUCUUUAAUUGGCCAAUGGAUGGGUCACCAGAAACUAUUUAGUUAAUAAAUAAAAAUGCUUUAUAUUCCUAUACA